CCUGGAAUUUUGUGAGAUACUAAGUUGCUUUACGGGAAAAGCCUGCUCCAAUUUAGUCUGGAAUUGCCCUACUUUAGACUUUUUCUGGUUAUCAAUCUGUACAAAGAAUCACCAAACUGAUACAGCGUGGACCAAACUGAUAAAUCAGGCUGCCGAGACAAUUGAGUAAUUCGAUCGAAAAAGAAACGGACAACCUCUCAAGCACAUCGGGUAAUUGACAAAGGAUUUUACGACACUAGGCUAAUGUAUAUAAAAAUAUGCAAGAAUCACAGGAAACUCACAUAUCCAACCACCUGGAUGAAAUUGUUGCUGCUGUCAGCAUAACACCUAGAAAAAAGCUCCAAAACAAGCUGCCUCAGACAGCACUGUUUCAGCCUCCUCGAGAGAAACUCCACCUCUGUGAAGAGAAAGCAAAGUCCUAUUCUAGCAGUCAUGAGUAUAAACAGGCUCUCCAGGAGCUUGUGCGCUGUGUGGCGCUGACGAGGAUCUGCUAUGGUGACUCACACUGGAAACUGGCCGAGGCGCAUGUUAACCUGGCUCAGGGCUACCUCCAGCUGAAAGGACUGUCACUGCAAGCAAAACAACAUGCGGAAAAAGCCAAAGAAAUCCUCACCAACUCCAUUGUGCAUCCCUACAAUGACAAUACAGAUGUUUUCAAGUGUUCGGUUGAGUUAUUCCAUACCAUGGGGAGAGCCUUACUCUCCCUUCAAAAGUUUAAGGAAGCUUCAGAGAAUUUGACAAAAGCAGAGAGACUUUCAAAGGAGCUGCUGCAAUGUGGAAGGAUUAUAAAGGAAGAAUGGAUAGAAAUUCAAACGCAGAUCAAAUUGUCAUUUGCACAGGUAUAUCAAGGUCAGAAGAAAUCAAAAGAAGCUCUGCCCCACUACCAAGAGGCUUUAGAAUAUAUUGAGAUCAGUAAAGGUGAAAAAAGUCUUGAGUGCGUACCAACAUUGAGGGAAUUGGCAGGUGUAGAACAAGCCCUGGGAUUUCACAACGCAUCCAUCAACCACCUUUUACAGGGGUCCCCAACCCCCGGGGCGCAGACCGGUACCAGUCUGGGGCCUGUUAGGAAUGGAGCCGCACAGCAGGAGGCGCAUCUCAUCGUCCUGAGCAGAAACCCCUCUCAAGAGGAGGCAGCCGUGUCCGCACACUCCGUCGCCUGUGCUGCUGUCGCUUCUGGGAGGCCUGAGCACCAUGAUGUGGCUGAGCAGUAUUUUCAAGAUAGCAUGGCUAAUCUUAAGGAUGCUGAAGGGAUAGGAAAAGCCAAAUUUCUUUCAAUUCAAGAUGAUUAUUGCCAUUUUCUACAAGUCACUGGACAAAAAGAGAGAGCUACCUCCAUCCUGAGAGAGUCCCUGGAGGCCAAAGUGGCUGUGUUUGGCGAUCUCAGUCCCGAGGUGGCAGAGACAUACAGGCUCCUGGGCGGGGCUGACCUGGCACAGGGGAACCAGAGCGGGGCCCACAAGAAACUGAAGAAGUGUCUUCAGAUCCAGACCCUCUUAUAUGGACCACAGGACAAGAGGACUCUGGCCACCCAGCAGACCAUGGAUGUCCUGUCCAAGGCCCCCGAGAAGGGCGUGAAGCCUCGGCAGCCCCCAAGACCCAAGGCGGCCUUCUGCGCCGGCGGGCCACAGCACACCAUGCUGGGGAAGGCCAGGCCCAACGCAGCCGACUGAGCCCACCCCCACCAAAAGCUCUGCUCAUGCCUGGGUGCUGACACUUAGGGCGCUCUAUAAAUCUCUCUCCAUCCAGAAGGUGGACUUCAACAGUCAUUGGACAGAUUUCCUAGGCUGUUUGCUCCAAAUGCAACAGCGAUCCCAUAAACCUUCCGUGGGCCACCUUUUGACAGUGGAUGCCCUUCCCAGUGAUCUGGCGCUGCUAUAAAGCAUUUUUCUUUUUACCACCUUAGUGGUUUUUCUUGCCAGCAAGAAUUUUUACCCAUCAGCACUACUGUGGCUGAAGGGCUUCUCUUCAAAAGUUCAAAACUUCCUGUGUAGGAAAGUAGACUCAACAUCUGAUCGUGUACACACACACACACACACACACACGCACGCACGCACGCACGCACGCACGCACGCACGCGCGCGCGCGCGCGCGCGGUGUAAAGCCCCUUGUGCCGGCCUGGAGUCAGAUCUGGAGCAGUAAGAUUCUGGGGAAAGCCCUUCCUUAUAGGAAGGUAAUAGGGAUUCAGAAUAAAAUGCUAAUAAAAGGAAAUUUGGAAGUCCUGGGGUCUAUGUGUUUGUAAAAUGAAGCCGCCUCAGAGCUCCUCGGAGCCUGGAAAGGGGCACCGAGGAAGCUUCUCCUCACUCGUGCACUCAGACACUUAUUGAAUCUGGCUGAGCACCCAGGAUGUACCACGCGUGUGCUAGGAACUGAGGGCACAACGACAAACAGGACAGACACACUGUCCCCGUCCUCUCUCAGAGCUUGCCAUCCAACAUGGACGCUAGUCAUUAAACAUAUAAUAGUGGAGUUGGUUGAUGACAACUGAGGGAAAGAGCCCGGUACCACGGGGUAGGUGAUAAACGGCCCUGACUUUUCCUAGAGGUCAGGGGAGGCAGGUGUAAGGGAGUAAAGAGAGCUGAGCAGGAGUGAGGCGGGCACGGAGGAGCUGCAGGGAGGGAUGCUGACUCCCUGCUGCUGCCAACUGGGGCCGCCGCUCCAGGCAGGAGACACGUGGCCGCCACUCUGGAGAGCUUUUUUUUUUUGGAGUUGGCACAGCCCUUGGCCCCCUACUCUCCCAGUUGUGUUCCAGGUUCAGCAUGUAGGGGGUAAGAGGGUGAGGUGGGAUGAGUGCUCCUGUCUACAGUGGUCUUUAGUCUCUUGGAGGGGAGGCCAUCGUCAUUCGAGAACAGAAAGAUAGAGGAACAUGUUUUGAGCACCUCUCUCCAUGCUGUCAGUGGUGAGGUCCAGGGCCGGAACGAGGUGAAUGAGCGCACAGAGGGUGGGAAUGGGGUGUAGGCAGUGCUGUUCCUUCUUGUCCCCACCCUAAUCCCAUGGGCUGGGGCCCAGCAGGGCUGCAGGCUGCUGCUAAUAUGGCAGCAGGAUGCAGCACGGCCCCCUCCCGCUCCAAUACCCAGUAGGAAAGCCAAAACCACUCUGGGUCCAUUUGUGCUGGCCACCUUGAGAACUGAUGGGGGAAAUAAACCAAAGUCUCGUGGCAGGGUGGAAGAAGGCUGGGCCCCUUGUCCUCGACGGUGUGACAGCUGACUAUACAGGCCACCCCUGCUCGUACUCACCCAUCCCAGACAGGGCUGUGGGAUGAAGGCACCAUUCAAAGAAGGCGUGAGAUGUCACUACUCACCAAGCGUUCUAUCUAGCUGAAGACAUGGGUUUUGAUGUGGAUGGUGGAAAAGCAUUUUAAAUACAUAUCACACGGAGUCUGCCUCAAAAAUGUUUGUGUACCUCAGAAAUUCCUAUGCUGAAGCCCUAAAGCCCAAUGUGAAAGUAUUUAAGCUGGGGCCUCUGGGAAGUAAUUAGUACAUAAAGGUGAAGCCCCACAAAUGGGAUUAGUGCCCUUAUAAGAAGAGACACAAGAGAAAAGAUCUUUCUACCAUGUGAGGGCACAGCAUGAAGGCAGCCGUCUGCAAACCAGAAGAGGACCCCCACCAAGAAUGAAUCCACCAGCACCUUGGUCUCGGAUUUUGAGCCACCAGACCUGUGAGAAAUAAGUGUCUAUUGUUUAAGCCUCUGUGGCCUGUGGUAUUCUGUUAUAGCAGCCUGAGCAGACUAAGAGCCCAUGCUAGGUUUUCGAAAAAAAAAAACAAAAUGUAAAUUAUGAUGUUACUUCUUCCUCUAUUUCUUGUAGGAUAAUAUUUUGGAAUCACAGAAACUAAAACACUUAAAAAAAAAUUUAGCCACCACCCUGAGAAAGAAUGAAUUUAGGAAUGUUCCAUCAAAUGUCUCCCAUCUCUUAAAUGUUUUAACUUCAAAACGAAAGGAAGAGUCUAGCUAUUCAUGUUUUGGUUUAUUUUGUUUUUGUACAAGGCUACAAACAGGUAAGGGUAUCUACUCCUUUGUCUCAAACUAGUGCACUUUUUUCAAGCUCCUAAGAGAUGGGCAUGAUUAGCCAUUCCGGUUUGCACUUAAGGUUAGUAAUGAACCAUCAUGGUGUGCUCAGGACUGUUCUCAUUUUAGCACUGAAAGUCCUAUGUCCCAGGAGACCCCUCCAUUCAAGGCCAAACGGGAUGGUUGGUCACACUACUGUCACUAGCCUUCCAGGCUGUCAUGAUGACAUUCUAACCACAAAUUGUCCAGUCUGUAUUUGAAUACAAGCCAGUGGUUUAUGCUCUGUCUGGCAUGCUUUCUAGUUCUGUGCUAACAAUAUGGAGUUCUGAUUCAGGUGAGGAAUUAAGGAACCGGGACUUUUCACAUAUAUUCUCCCCAGUGAUUCUGUGCCACCAUAAAAAAAACCAUGCACAUAAACACAUAUAUGCUUUAAUUAGAAUUUAAAUAAAAACCACAAAACACCUACUGGAAAACAUUCAUUCUCUUUAGGAACAAUGUGGGAUUUUUUCUUAGAUUUUUAUUUUUAUACAUUCUUAUGACAUAUCCCUUCACAGGUGGUUAGCAAGAUCAGCUUUUUAGAUGAUUCCAUUCUAAAUAUACAUUUUAAACAAACAAUACCAAAACAGCCAGUGGGAAGGUGAAAAACAUUCCAUUAAUACCGUUUUGUCUACACAAAAAUAAAUGUGAAAAGACUGGUUGUGUCCUUACCCUGUCCCACCACACAGCUGACUACUAUUGUCUCCAGAGUGACUGGUUUUAAAGGACAUGGAGCUGUGGCAUGACCUGUCACAGGGUCAAGGGCACACCCUGCUCCUGGGUGUUCCAGAGACUUAGUAACCAACAACAGCUCAUGACUCCAUAUUGGUAAAUACUCUUGUCAGGAUACUUCUUAAAGAUAUGCAUUCCAACAUGGAGAUAAAAAUUAAGAUCUAAGACAUUUAUUUUCCAAUGGAGGUCGGUCAUGACUUUAAUAAACCUAUUCACAUUAGCCCUCAUUUCCAAGGUCACAAGCUAGGAGAGUGACAUUAAACUAAGCCUACUUAGACACACAUAAUAGACUCCCGCCAUCAUCAGCCUGUCUUGCCAUCAAACAGUAGGCUGUCACCUUGACCGAAUUCUCACCAAUAAAUAACUUAUACAAAUCAUUACCAAUUACAACUAACAUAAAAUCAACUCAUCUUUUUAUUAGAAACAAGAAGCCUUCAUUGGCAAAGCUGUCACCACCGUACCAGUUUCUGACAAUCACUAGUGCAUUUGGCAGAUAACAAAGGUUUACACUUGCAAUUCAAAUCAACUUUCUUUCCAUACCCUGCUUCACGAUGUUUUAAAAACAGAUCACCCUGAAAGCUGUGCUGCAUUGAUCCUCCACUUCUUGAUUAGGAAAACGCACUCUCCCUAAACUACUUGUUGUAGCCAUUCCUGGCAGCUGAGGAGAUAUGCGUUGUGGAGGUCUGAGGGCCAUCAGUGAAACCAGGAGGGAAGACCCUCAAAUUCCAUAACCGCCCCCCAUCAUCAUGUCCUACCUGAGGAUGACAAAGUUAGGGGCAGUACAGUUUCGACAACAUUAAGUGAAAGAAACUAGUUUGGAUUACAAUACUGUGCUCCUAGAGAUACUAUUUUUAUGUGAUGCUACACCUUUAAAGAAGGAAGCUUUAAAAACAAUACCAUGAUGUAAAAUAAAACAAAUCCAGCAGAACACACCCAUUCUAGUAUCUUAAACUCAGUGGUGUAUUUAUCUACAGGGCCACGCUCUGUGGCCCAGAAGAGUAGGGGCUCUGCCUUCCUCCAGGGCCCUUCCUGGGUGCUUCAGGGCUGGGCGGCAGGAGAGGCACCCAGUUCCCUCCCCAAAACAUCUUAUUCUAUUUAAUGUAUUAUUUGUUUCCCUGGACAAAACACCGCCACUGUCAUGAUUUCUGUCGAAAGUGCAGAAACCUCCAUGGGGUUGGUUGCCGUUUUUCCAUCUCUAACUCUUUGCGCUCAGAAAGGCCUCCACCCCCACCCCAUCAUCAGUGGGUUGGAAAGGGCUUCUUUGGGAGGCACAGCCCACCUGGGCUUUCAACUUUACUGUGCAUGACCAUCCCACGAGUCCAGCUACAGUCUGCGCAUCAACGUUCUUUUUAUUGUCUUCAGGGUCUACCUCCCACCAGUAAAAUUAAAUGUUUAGAGGCUAAAGUGCAGAAAAGCUCAGGUAUACCCUGGUAAGAGCUGG